UUACAAUGAACACUUUGAUCCCACUCAAAGAUUUGGAGGUAAAAGCCGAUACGACCUGAGAGGCAUAUGGGUAAGAUGUGCUUGCGACUGGCACCACAAGGAAGCCGCAGUUUCCGCCAAUAAAAUAAAAGCAAAUUUCAUCGAACGAACAAAACCGCUACUUGGAAAAGUCUUAGCUCCUAAUCAUAAUGUAUAUUGCGUCCCGAAAGGUCACCGUUUUGGAAAAGUAAUUCCCAAGCCAUUUUACGGCAUAUCCGAGCUGUUGAAAGACUCAAACGUGACGCCAUGUCUGUUUAAGCGAGACUUCUACAAGUGGCUAGGGUCGCUGAACCGUUUGAAAUUGUUGUUGAAACAAAGAAGCAAUAAAGAUUUGCAUUUGGACGAUUUCUACAGGACAGCCAUGUAUUUUGACAAAGAGAAGACGGGAUGGUUGCCGAUAGACACAUUUUACGAGUUGUGUGCCUGUCAAGCACUCACUUUUCCCAAGGAAGACAUCGAAUCUCUUAUGAAAGUCCUGGGCGUUAUUGUCGACGACAAAAUCGACUAUAAAAGAUUCAUUGAAAUGAUUAACAUCCAUUCACCAUCGUUCGAGAUAAUGGAGUUUAACGAUAUCCCCAAGGAAAGCAGGUACUACUUAACGACGAAUCAGGCUGCAAGUUGCGACUACCUGGUAAUGGACAAUUCAGGUAUGCGUGCCGCGGGUGUACCGUCUAUCCGUUACGAUAUACAACAUCCCGUCACUCCUUUCGGAGGUUGCAGGGCGGAUAUAGGACACCUGGGAGAUUAUACUUCGGCUAACGCCUUGAUUAACCCCAGCAUAUACACUAAUUACGGGCUGACCUACAGGGAUUUCUUCGUGCCGAGAUCUCCGCAAACGAUUCGGACCCUAUUCGAAAAAGUGGGGUACAGCUUCCCGGGGGACACGUUCGAAAGGCUGUGGAAAGUUGGCGUAGCAAUAGAUAAAACCGGGUUGGUGUGCGUCGACACGUUCAAGAUGUUACUAAAAACACAUAGACCCUAUCCGAAAUUAGCAGUGGACGAGCAGGAAUGCAAGAAGAGUCCGAAAUUAGCAGUGGACGAGCAGGAAUGCAAGAAGUGUCCGAAAUUAGCAGUGGACGAGCAGGAAUGCAAGAAGAGAUAUCAAUAA